AAGAAUAUCAUAUUUUAUUUUAUUUUUAAAAUUUUAAAAUAUAUAUAAAAAAAGUCAUCGUUUUUCUAUUCUUCUUUUCUCUGUGAAAAGCUUCUACUGCGGUACUCAGUAGUAGUAGAUCAAUGGCGGAGAUCGACCACGCGGCGGUGACGGCGACUGAAGUCUACGCGCCUAGGUCUGUCCAGCUAUGGCGAGCAUUGAUGAACUGGAUUGAUUUCUUCUUCGAGAUCCUUCUUCAGAUCCUGAGAGGUACCCCCUGUGUACCUCAGGUACUUUCCUGCAUCGGUUUCACCCAUAAUCGGAUCCUCUCUUCUUCCUCUUCUCCUUCCUUUAAGCCCUUGCCCCUUGUUGAACUCCCUCUCUGCCUCGAAGAUGGUGUCUCUCACGCCGAUGAUCCUCUUGAAAAGCUCACUGUGGUUCUGGACUUGGAUGAGACUUUAAUUUGUGCAUAUGAAACUUCUAGCUUGCCUUCCAUGAUUCGAACUCAAGCCACUGAUGCUGGGUUAAAGUGGUUUGAGUUGGAAUGUGUCUCUUCAGACAAGGAAUGUGAUGGAAAGCCAAAGAUAAGCUAUGUAACUGUGUUUGAACGUCCUGGUUUGCACGAAUUCUUGAAACAGAUUGGUGAAUUUGCAGUCCUUGUAUUAUUUACUGCUGGUCUUGAAGGGUAUGCUAGACCACUUGUUGAUAGGAUUGAUGUUGAGAAUCGAUUUAGCCAUCGUCUAUAUCGUCCUUCUACAGUAAGCACGGAAUUUCGAGAACACGUGAAGGACCUAUCUUGUAUUUCUAAAGAUCUUUCUCGAGUUGUCCUUGUCGAUAACAACCCAUUCAGUUUUCUGCGUCAACCAUUGAAUGGUAUACCAUGUGUUCCAUUUUCUGCUGGACAGCCAUAUGAUGAUCAGCUUUUGGAGGUUUUGCUUCCACUCCUCAAGAACCUCUCUCGACAAAAGGAUGUUAGGCCCGUCCUUCAUGAACGAUUUCACAUGCCAGAAUGGUUUCAAAUGCAUGGAAUUCCCUCAUCUAACUUCAAAUAAUGUUUGAUUAAGUCUUUCAAUUCAUGUUACUCAAUUAGCAUAUCGGAAAGCCGUCGGUCAGAUGGCGGUUGCCUUCAGUUUUACAUGAACAAAUUGUGCAAGGCCAUUCAUGGAAUUUUGGAUUCUUAUAGAGCACCUUAGAAGAGAAACAACUUCCAAGAAGAUCACCUAAAAAGUUAAAUCAAAUGUAUCAUGGAAGAUUUUUAACUCUAUUUUUUUCUUUUGUAAUUAACUAUUAUUAUAUUCUUCAAGUUGUAAAAUAACUAUGAAAAGGUUUGGAAUAUUUUUAUGGUUAAAGAAUCCAUCUUUCAUUGUA